AAAAAAAAGGCUGGAGAUCGGCCAGGGACCAGCCACUACGAGGUUUUUUUGUUCGACAGUUGCAGCUCGGGAAGAAUCGGCGCAAAUGAUGUGCUUGUAAAGCAAGGACUUGCCGUACCAACCGAAGUGCCCGAGCUUGACUUUGACAUCAGUGUUCCACAUGAGUCAUUUCAAAAGGAUGAAGUUGUGCUUGAAAGUGAAUCGGAUGACGAAAAUGAUUCGGUGGUAUCUGACAGCAAGAAAUGCCAGAAAGAAUAUGAAUUGUGCGCAUUACGUUAUGCUUUACAAGAAAUUUUCACACAAGUACAUAGUGAAGAUGACACGGUUAGUGAUGAAGAAGCAGAAGAUGAGGCAGCUACUGAGCUGCCAACAAAGGAUCCAGGCCACGGUAGAAACAAAUUCACUGACAAAUAUGGUGUAUGCCCUUCCAAAGCUACAGCAGUAGAUUUAGAAGACAAAAAGCAAAGUCACAAAGAAGGCUCAUCAGUGCAUGUAAAUAGUGAAAGCUUGCCUACAGCCACCUCAUCAUCUGCAAAAAGUUGUGUUGAUGACAGCUCAUGUGAAAAUGGAGGGGUUGUGUACGUGUCCAAAGCCACGUCAGCAGCUGUUGACUUCAUCAACCACUCAGAAUCGACUAUCCCGAGAGACAAUACCAGCCUUUCCAGCACCAAAGAUGCAAAUGUAGUGGCAUCGACUCUACACCAAUGCACUGACAAGAAACCUGCAUCAAAAAAAAAGAAGAAGACGAAGAGAGCUGCCAGAGUAAGCUGGAAAGAUGCAGUGAAGAAUGGCUGCAAACACUGGAUUCCCAGUUCAAGACAGAAUCUAGCCGUCAGCCAACAGUGUCAUGGUGGCAGGAUUGCAAUUUCAUUCAUCUGGAUGUCUCUGUUAUGAAUGUGCCAGAAUAUAAACUGAACUUGACUGCAUCUACGCUGUGCCUCAGGAUAACAACAGAAAAGCAAGAGUUCCUGCUUCAUGAAAAGCUGUAUGCAGCAAUUGAACCCACGCAAUCAAACAUAACAGUGAAGUUAAAAUCCCUGGCUCUCAAACUAAAGAAAGCAAAGGGUGAGUUGAAUUGGAAAGCUCUGACAAGACACAAGCAAAAGAUGCCUUAUAUUCGCUAUGACUUGGACCAUGUUGGACUGAAUAACAGUGAUGAUGACAUUAUCAUUGCGUGCGAGGCUUGCAAGGACCCAUCGUACACUGGCCCUGACCCUACCACAAAGGUACUGCCUUAUGAUCCAGUGGCCCACAAAGAAAGGACAUUGGAUAUUGAAGCUGCGAAGGUCAUUGAUGACUUCCCUGAUGAAGUGUACUACAACCUCGAUCCCAACAAUAUUUUUGAGGACCUGGACUAGGCAAUGGCCUAGCUUGCAUGUUCACACGUUCACUCCUUCAGGUCGUACUAUUGGAGCAUAAUCUGUACUGUGGCGCUAAUGAAAUAUAAAAUGUCAUCGUCAUGCAGAUGCAAUGCAUUUUUUGUUGACAACUUUCCUAGAUUUGCUGAUGUAAAGAAACCUUUUUUCUAUCUUUAUGGUGAUGUGCCAGCUUGACAGUGUAUGAAUGAGGCUGCUUAGAAAGAAGCUUAACUAUCUCUCACAACACUGUACUUUACAUCAACUACCAAAACCAUUUAAAAUUGACAAAAACUAGCAGAGGUGGUUAAGUUAACAAGCUGAACAUAUGGCAAGCAGUUAAUAUCGGCAACAAAAGUAUAUAUGUGAAAAAUAUCUUUUCGGUGGUGGAGAAGCGUGUGGUGUGAAUGGAAAACUUGCCGGCUGAGAGCAAGUUAUGCGUACUGAAAACAGGAGUGUAAGUGCAGAUAGACCUCCUGGGAGGCCUAUGUCUUUCAUUUGUUUUAACUAGUCAUAUGAGAAUGGUGCCUUUUUGUGCAUCUUUUUGUGAAAAAAGGCUGCAAAUAGCUUCAUUGCAAUUAAUUUAGUGUUGAUUUCAUGAGAUGUAUCAAAUAGAUAGCAGAGAUACUUUAGCAGCUUUAGAAGGUCCCACCAAGGUACAUGUUUAUGUGUGCUAUUGAACAAUAAAAUGCUCUUUAAUGGCUCCUUA